AUGGCCGCCAACCCAGGAGAGGAUUCCCUCUCUCCGCUGAUCCAAAAAUGGCUUGAGUGGGACCAGGAUCCCUCUACUCGCGGGGAAAUUGAGCGGCUGCGCGAUGCGGGAGAGCUGACGGAGCUGCAGCAGCGCCUGCAAAAGAGAAUCCAAUUUGGCACCGCUGGUCUCCGGGGUCGCAUGGCAGCGGGCUUCUCUUGCAUGAAUUGUUUGACUGUCAUUCAGGCAUCGCAGGGUCUGGCGAUGUACUUGAAGAAGCACCAUGGUGAUAUUGCCUCCUAUGGCGUCGUUAUUGGCCAUGAUGCUCGCUACAAUUCCGCCAAGUUCGCCGCUCUGGCCGCAAACGCUUUCAUCGCACAGAGGAUCCCGGUCUGGUUCUACUCCGAGCCUUCUGUUACGCCGACGGUGCCUUUCGGUGUAACCCAACUGCAUGCUGCUGCAGGCAUCAUGGUUACGGCAAGCCAUAAUCCAGCACAAGAUAAUGGUAGCUAUUUUAAAAAUGGCGCCCAGAUCAAUACCCCCAUGGAUGUGGAGAUAGCUCGAUCUAUCGAGGAGAAUCUGACGCCCUGGCCCAACGCUUGGAAAGACUUGCAGCCCGGUGAAUACUUGCGCCCCAAGGCGUACGACAAUCUUCUGCCACACUACAACACAGCAGUGUGGCAAUACGCUACAUACACGGUCCGGGAAUGGAAGCAGCCACAGCCAUUUGUGUAUACUCCUCUGCAUGGUGUAGGAGGCCUGGUAUUCCCCAGCUUGUGCCGUUCCGUUGGUAUCAAAGAUUUCACUGUCGUCCCAGAACAAGAAGAACCGAACCCCGACUUUCCCACGGUAGCUUUUCCUAAUCCCGAAGAGGUUGGGGCAUUGGAUCUCGCGAUGCGCACCGCGGACCGGGAGGGUAGAGAAGUGAUUAUUGCACAUGAUCCGGAUGCAGAUCGCUUCGCGGCUGCUGAGAAGGUCAAUGGAUCGUGGUUCUCCUUCACCGGAAACCAUUUGGGAGUACUGCUUGCAUCGCACCUGUUUGAUUCUUUGGAGACUAUCGACAGCGACACACGAAUUGCCGUGCUGAACUCGACCGUCUCUACGUGCAUGUUGGAGAAAAUGGCAAAGGCCAAGGGGAUGCAUUACGAAGAAGCGUUGACCGGGUUUAAGUGGAUGGGCAACAUCGCGCGGAGACUCGAGGAACUCGGCUACUAUGUUCCAUUCGCCUUUGAAGAAGCGCUUGGGUACAUGUUUCCGGAAGUGUGCUACGACAAGGACGGUAUUUCCGCCGCUAUGGUGUUCUUGCUAGCCCAAGCCAAAUGGAAUGCUCAAGGGCUCACCCCCUAUACGAAGCUCCAACAACUCUUCAAGGAACAUGGGCACCACGAAACUCUCAACACCUACGUCCGUUCGACGAACCCAGAUCUUACCAUGGACCUCUUCCGAAAAAUCAGGUCCGGACCGUUCGGCGCCGGCAAGUCCUUUGGCUCCUUCAACAUCCAGCGAUGGCGAGACCUGACGGAGGGUUACGAUUCUGGAACCGAGGACCACACGCCCACACUCCCGGUUGACAAGAACACCCAGAUGCUGACACUAUGGAUGGAUCGGGAAGUCAGAUUCACCAUUCGUGCGUCGGGCACAGAACCUAAAGUCAAAAUCUAUAUUGAAAGCAGCGGAGCGUCGCAAGACCAAGCCGUCGAGGCUGUCCGUGACACAUUCCUGACCGUUAUCAAAGAAUGGGUCCAGCCUUUUGCUCCAGGCAUGACUUACAAUGAGCAACAGGUUACUUCCUCGGGCACUAAGUUCCAGGUGAAAUAA